AUGCGAAGGAUACCAGCGCUGUCUCUUGCAGCCACGAGAUGUGCGAGACUCCACACUUCACGCAGGCUCUGCGCUGAGCCACCCAUUGUGAACAUCGCCAAUGCCACCUUUUACCGCCAACAUCCCUCUUCCAGACCAGGUCAACAUGCGUCUGCGAAUCCACCUCUGUUCCCUGCCUUGACGCUCUCGCUCCCUUCCUUCUCUACGCCAAACCAGCCUUGGGCCAUUUUGAGUCCCUCGUCGGAUAUCCGAACCGCGUUUCUGCAAAUUCUUCGAGGCCAAUUGCUAUGUUUUCCUCCCACAGCAAGAUCGUUUCCCUACCUUCUCACACCAGCAAUUGCCGACGAGAAACCGCAUCUUCGCUUUCCAGAGCGCGCAAUCGAGUAUGUAGGCUUCGAUGUGGAGCGCAAGGCUUUUGGCGGCGCGUACCUGUCCGCCCGGUACGAGUCGUUGAAGGAGGAGACGGAUUUCACGGUUCAGCGGUACCUGACGGGGAUUACCACGCUGAAUCCUGGAGAAGAGGAGCUGAGGGCCAAGAGCAUUGACGCAGACGAUAUGAAGAGAGUUAUGCGCGAUCUGGAGCUAGAGAGAUUCAUCGAGAAGCCGGUCAGCAUGUUGAGUAACGGCCAAUCAAGACGAGCGAGAAUUGCAAAGGCAUUGCUGAGCGGUCCGGAAAUGCUGUGCUUGGAUGCGCCAUUCAUUGGUCUGGAUCCAAUUGUCACAAAGCACCUUUCCAGUGUCUUGCAUCGCCUGGCUGAAGCUAAUGCGCCUCGCAUCGUACUCAGCCUGAGACCCCAGGAUGACAUCCCAGAGUGGGUGACGCAUCUUGUGUAUGCGGGCGAGGAAGGAAAAGUCGACCAGUUGGGGCCAAAAGCGGAGGUUUUGAGGUACUUGAGAGACGAGUACAAAUCCAUUCAGGAGAAUGGUUCAAGCAGGACUAAAAGCUCAAAAGCAAAGGAGUUGCAGGAAGUAGGUCGGCUUUUAUCUGAAAAAGAUUCCAGCGUAACAGCAGAGACAUCAUCAGAUACUCCAGUGUUGAGUCGCGACGGUUACGAAAAGAUGGACAAAUCUGAGCGGAGCAUCAGCGAGCCCAUCGUCGAGAUGCAGGGCGUACGCAUUGCCUACGGCCAAAACUCCGUACUAGGAGAAUGGCAACAAGAUGUUAACGGCAAAUCUCAACCCGGUCUCCACUGGAAUGUACAUCGCGGCGAACGCUGGGGCAUCUUUGGUGCCAAUGGCUCCGGAAAAACGACUCUACUCAGCCUUGUCACGUCGGACCAUCCACAAACAUACUCUGCGCCCGUCAAGCUCUUCCAGCGCUCGCGACUGCCAGAGCCAGGCGUGCCCGGCAUCACCAUCUUCGAAAUCCAAGCGCGCAUGGGCCACGCCAGUCCAGAAGUCCAUGCCCUCUUCCCCAAACGCCUCACGCUGCGCACCACGCUCGAAAGCGCCUGGAGCGACACGCCCAUCACCAAGCCUAAAAUCGACGACGACGCAAAGAAAAGAGUGGACGCCUGUCUCAAGUGGUUCGAAAGCGAGCUACGCCCGGGCACUCCAGCAGCCAGCCCGGAAAAAAGCGACAGUGUAGAAUGGGCGCGCGACACGCUCUUUGGCGAAAUAUCCUUCUCGGCACAGCGUGUCCUCCUCUUUCUCCGCGCCACAAUACGCAAUCCAGAUAUCGUCAUUCUCGACGAGGCCUUCAGCGGCAUGGACGACCUCGUCCGUGAUAAAUGCCUUUUAUUCCUCAGCCGCGGCCAGAGCAUGCAACUGUUGUAUAGCGAGGCGGGCCCCGCUCCUGUAACGACGGAUUGCGAGGUUGUAGUGCCGGGCCUGCAGGACCAUCAGGCGUUGCUUUGUGUUAGUCAUAGUAGACAUGAGGUCCCUGGGUGCGUUAGAGAAUGGGUUUGUCUUCCUGAGCCCGGUACGGGACCCCCGCGAUUCGGGCGGUUUGAGGGCCCGAUUGAGUUGGAUGGACGGCGUUGGGCAGAGGUAUGGGGAAAGGUGUAGAUAUCGUGUGUUUUGUCCGAUGAGCAUGCAUUUGGUCUAA